ACCACUUGUCGACUACAAACCCUUCACGUAAGCAUUCAUCCACCUGCAUAAAUAAUAAAAAAGGAAAGCAGUGGUAGCCUCACGCUUUCUCCUCGAGAGCUCUCUCUCCUUUUAAAUCCUUCCCUAAUUCAAUCUCGCUCUGCAUCCUCUCUAGAAUUGACUGACUGAUCUUCAUGAAUUCAAGUACCACUGGAGCAUCAACCGUUUCCUGCAAAUCAGGAAACAAGAACAACCUUUUCUUCUGGAUUCUAUUUUGCCUUUUGCCAAAGUUUCUCGGGGCUUUUAUUGCAUACGUCAACUUCCUUUUGAUUAAGGCCAUUGAUAGGUGUCCCUCAGUAGUUUGUGUCUUGGAUACCUGUGGAGAAAUCGUGCUUUAGCCGUUAUAGAUUUGGCCUUCUGCAGUUGGCUUCUGUGGUAGUGGUAGAUUUAGGUCAGCUGCAGUUGGCAUCCUGGUGAUAUUUGGCAUUUUUGCAAAAUGGUUUCCUCUCAAUUGCCUGGUUUGACAAAGAACCGGUUGUUGUUUCCCGUUAAUCCCUCUGAUACUGUAGUAUCAGAUCAUGUUGAACUUGAUUUCACUGAUGUGUUUGGCCCUUUGCCGUCAAUAGAUGUGAAUUGUGGUGAUCCUUUGUCUGUAGGAGAUGGUAGUGAGCUUAUUUAUGAUGACCCUGUUGUUGUUCAUAACCGGUCACAUUCGUUGGUUGGCCCCUCUUCUUAUGUUAGCCAAUCAUUGAAGCUCAGCAAACUUAACUUGCAAGAGACGGAAGAUUCAUUGGAACUGGUUGAGUGUGUCCUGGACGAGACUAUUAAAGAACUAGAGGAGUCUUUCAUAGAUGAUGAUGCUGUUGAGAAAGACAUGGAGGAUGUCAGUGGAGAUACUUCGAAGGUUCAAACUGUUGGUAUUGAAGAUUUUGAGGUUUUGAAGGUUGUUGGGCAGGGUGCAUUUGGGAAAGUUUAUCAGGUGAGGAAAAAGGGUACACCAGAAAUAUAUGCAAUGAAGGUCAUGCGGAAGGACAGAAUAGUGGAGAAAAAUCAUGUUGAAUACAUGAGAGGUGAAAGGGAUAUUCUAACAAAAAUAGAUCAUCCCUUCAUUGUCCAGCUCAAAUACUCCUUCCAAACCAAAUAUAGGCUAUACCUUGUGUUGGAUUUCAUAAAUGGGGGCCACCUUUUUUUCCAGCUCUAUAACCAUGGCCUUUUCAGGGAGGAUCUGGCAUGUAUAUAUGCUGCUGAGAUUGCUUCUGCAGUUUCUCACCUUCAUGCAAAUGGCAUAAUGCAUAGGGAUCUUAAGCCAGAAAAUAUCCUGCUGGAUUCAGAUGGCCAUGCAAUGUUGACUGAUUUUGGCCUGGCAAAGGAAUUUGAUGAAAAUACAAGAUCAAACUCAAUGUGUGGAACAGUUGAAUAUAUGGCACCUGAAAUUGUUCAGGGAAAGGGUCAUGAUAAGGCAGCAGAUUGGUGGAGUGUGGGAAUUCUGUUGUAUGAGAUGCUAACUGGCAAGCCUCCUUUUAUUGGUGGGAAUAGAAACAAAAUUCAACAGAAAAUAGUCAAGGAUAAGAUCAAGCUGCCAUCGUUUUUGUCAAGUGAAGCACACUCUCUGUUGAAAGGGAGAAUCUUACCGAUGGUGUUUGGUUUUGGGUUGGAGGAGGGGGAGAGUUAGGAUUGGAAGGGCGUCUGAGGUACUGAUUAUGAUAUUCUUUACUAACACUAAAGCUAAGAGAACUUGUUUGGUUUUGUUUUAGCUCUUAAACAAGGAUGCCGCCAAGCGCUUAGGAAGUGGAUCAUUGGGAAGUGAAGAGAUUAAGCGACACAAGUGGUUCAAGCCAAUCAACUGGAAGAAAUUGGAUGCCAGGGAGAUCCAGCCCAGUUUCCGUCCAGAAGUGGCUGGGAAGCAUUGCAUAGCUAACUUCGAUAAGUGUUGGACUGACAUGAAAUUAUCAGAUUCUCCAGCUGCCAGUCCCAAGACGAAUACCAAUCCCUUUGUGAACUUCACUUAUGUUAGGCCUGCGGCCUCUUUCCUUAAACAGAAUAGCCCCCUAUGUUAGAGAGCCAUACAUCAGAUCACUGCUUCAUCUCCCAAGAUAUGUGGUUUGAGCUUGAAGAAGUUUAUUUAUGAAGUGUCAAGAUAUCAUUUCGUGAGUUUUUGCAAAGAAUGCUUUGCCUAUGGACAGAAUGUAUUUCUUCUGUUGGAUUAUGUUGUCUUGUAUCUGCUAGUCUUUUUGAAACAUGUAACUACAUCAUGGUUUGUGGAUGUUGUCUCGCCUUUAAAUUAAUGAAUUAAAGCGCUAAUGCUAGGGUUCCUGCUUCCCAGUA